AUGACCGGAACUGAUAAAAGAAAACUCCUUGUUAUUGGAAAGUCGAAAAACCCUCGGUGUUUUAAAGGAGUUUCAUCACUUCCAGUAUUUUAUGAAAAUAACACCAAAGCAUGGAUGACCUCAGCAAUUUUUGAAAAAACUCUUAAUUAUUGGGAUGAUGAGUUACGCCCACACCCAUCAUUGAAUUUGAAAUUUAUUAAACUCAUAUUUUUGCCCACCAACACCACUGCUGUACUUCAACCAAUGGACCAGGGCGUUAUUAGGAACAUUAAAGCUCAUUACCGGAAUCAGUUAGUACUGAAAAUGAUUGAGGAUAUUGAGAAUCAUGUAGAAUCAAAAACAACUGUUUUGGAUGCCAUAAUAAUGCUGGAUAAAGCUUGGUGUAAUGUAACAUCGACGGGGAUUGCUAACUGCUUUCGGCAUACCGGUUAA